UGGUUCUCCCGGUAACCAGUUGACACGACAUUGUUUUUGAAAGAGGCGAAAGAGAGAUUGAGAGAGAGACUAGAGGAGAAGACUAGGUCUCUGCUCUAUUCGCUGUUGCUUUCUCUCCUACGGAUUCCUCUUCUGCUCAAAAAGGAUCAGAGGGUUCAAAGGAGAAGGCAACUUAUAUAGCUGAAGUUGCUAUAGCUGAAACCUAUUCAUUGCAGCCAAGAGAAGGUUGCUAUAGCUGAAGCACAAGCUGUUUUUUUUUUUGUGGGGAGGGGUCAGGGUGUUUGAUCUUUGGAUAUGGGUAUGGAAAUAGCUGAUAAGGAGAACACAAGCCCACCUUUAUUAGAAUUCUGCAAUUGCUACAAAGUUGCAAGCCUUACACAAACCAUUCUCAACCCGGUCAACGUUUCCAGCUUAAAAGACCGUUAUGUCCUUGGAGAACAGUUGGGUUUGGGUCAGUUCGGUGUGAUAAGAGUAUGUUCUGAUAAGUUCACUGGAGAGAGGCUUGCUUGCAAGUCUAUAUCAAAAGAUAGACUGGUUACGCAAGAUGAUAUGAAGAGUAUCAAACUCGAGAUUGCGAUUAUGACUAAGUUAGCUGGCCAUCCGAAUGUUGUGGAUCUCAAAGCGGUUUACGAGGAGGAGGAUUAUGUGCAUCUUGUGAUGGAGCUUUGUGCAGGAGGCGAGCUUUUUCACAAGCUUGAGAAGUAUGGAAAGUAUUCUGAGGUUGGUGCCAGGGUGCUCUUCAAGCAUUUGAUGCAAGUGGUGAAGUUUUGUCAUGAUAAUGGUAUUGUCCAUAGAGACUUGAAACCUGAGAACAUUCUCAUGGCCACAGUGUCUUCUUCAUCACCUAUCAAAUUGGCUGAUUUUGGUUUGGCAACCUAUAUCAAGCCCGGAGAAAAGUUAAACGGGACUGUUGGUAGUCCGUUUUAUAUAGCACCGGAAGUGUUAUCAGGGGGAUAUAACGAAGCUGCUGAUGUAUGGAGUGCAGGGGUUAUUUUGUACAUUCUUCUCAGUGGAGUACCUCCCUUUUGGGGAAAGACUAAGUCAAAGAUUUUUGAUGCUGUCAGGGCUGCAGAUUUGAGAUUUUCUGCAGAGCCAUGGGAUAAUAUAACUUCAUACGCUAAGGAUUUGAUCCGUGGGAUGCUAUGUGUUGAUCCUUCCCAAAGGUUAACAGCUGAUGAUGUUCUAGCUCACUCUUGGAUGGAGGAGUUAUCUGAGCCAGGACAAGAACAAUAUGAUCAAAAUGGGUUUGGAUGUGAAGGAUUGGAGAAUGGUGGAUGUUCUUUCUCCACACAAUACGUUUCUCGGGAGCAAGACUAUAGCUUUAGCAUGGGACAGCUAGAGGAAGCCAUAGAUAAUGAUUGUAGAUCAUCAUUCUCCUCUUUCUUACCUGCGGAUAACAACAACGUACUGCCAACUUCUGGUUUUGGUGGGUUCUCUUUUGAUGGGGAACAAACGGAAUCAACCUCUGUUGGAGUCACAUCCAUGCCAAGCUUUAGCUUCUUUAGUCAGAGUCCAACGACAACACAGAACAAUAACAUUCAUGAAACAGAUGGGAAACUUAGAGACUCAAGCCCAAAGAGGUUACUGCCAUCACCAGACUCUUUUUCACAACUUGAGAGAGGUGAGGAAGAAAGUGAGAGUCAGACAGAAGCAGGAGGAAAGGCAGAGACAAGAAGGGAAAGAGGAAACUGGUCAAGAAUAUCAGGUCUGUACAGCAAAAGAAACAGGACCAUAGGACUAGGUGAGCUAGACCAGUUGGUGGUGGAUGUUGCAGUUACUGAGUCGAUAAUCCGAUGGGCAUCUUGCACUCAUAUUCCCACGGCUUCGUCCCUCACAUUGCCGCUUGUCUGCUAG